UACGCCGGCUGCCCGCAGGUGUCCCGGGCCGUGCAGUGGCUGCUGUCUCGCUGCCCCCCCACGCUCGACCUCUGCUGCCAGACCCUCGUCCAGUACGUGGAGGACGGAGUCGGCCGGGAGUUCAGCGGCCGCUUUUUCCACGACCGGCGGGAGCGGCGGCGCGGCGGCCUGGCCUCCCAGGAGCCGGGCGCCAUCGUGGGGCUGUUCAACAGCGUCCUGCGCUUCCUGGCCGCCGCCGUGUCCUCCGAGCAGCUCUGCGGCCUGUCCUGGCCCGUCGCCGAGUUCGCCAGGGCGGGGGGCAGCCGGCUGCUCCCCCACCUGCACUGGAACAGCCCCGAGCACCUGGCGUGGCUGCGGCAGGCCGUGCUGGGCUUCCAGCUCCCACAGGUGGACCCGCCACCGCCGGAGGGUAGGUUUGAGGACCAGCUUCAGCGGUGGCUGUCGGAGGACAUGGGGGCACACGCAGAGCCCCCCACCCUGCCCCUCUACCUGCCCCAGACGCUGGUGUUGCAGCCCCAGGUGCUGGGGCCCGGGGUGCGGGCAGUGGCCGCGAGCUGCCAGCGUGGCCGCCUGGGGGAGCCGCCGCCCCCGCCGGCCAUGGGCGCCUCCCUGACCGAGCGGCUGGAGCACCUGGAGCGGCUCAUCCGGAGCUCACGGGAGGAGAGCGCGGCCUCCGAGCUGCACCUGUCUGCGCUGCUGGACAUGGUGGACAUCUGAGCCCGCCGGGCGGCGCCCCUGCCCUCCUCGGAAUGAAGCUGCCUCUGAUGCCAGAGCCGCUCGGCGCAGCGUCAAUCAUGCAAAUAAACGCCGCGUGCGCAGA